ACCGAUCCAGGUACACCAGAAGCACUCCCCAACGCCGUUUCGAUCCCCGAUGAAGCUCACGAGGAUGCUCGUAGCCGGGCGACUUACAGCUCUUUUGGCGAAAACGGCCUCACGGCUACUGCCAACGCAUACGGACACCUGCUUCAGAUUACACAAUAUCAUGAGGAUGUGCCGUCUGGAUUUGUCUCUGUUGACCUUGAAACUACAGAAGAGCCUUAUUUCGUUGCCAAACGCGCCCACAACCUUCAAAGGCAAUCCCUCGACCCUAGCAAAGGAAUUCGCCUCUUAUUUGAGGAGUCUAACGAUAAGACACCUCGUCCCGAUGUAUGGGAGACAGACCCGCCGACAUUGAGAAUGACACCACCACCAUCUCCUAGGAAAGCACCUCCAAAGGGAGGCGGCCGGCAAGUUCGCGUCAUGGUACCAGAUACGGAGGCAAGACAGGCGUCAACGCCUCCCCCGCGGAUCUACUCGUUUAAACACCGGCCUGGAGCGCCAUCCCUUUCCAGAGUCCCCAGGAUAAUCAUCAAUGCCGACUUGUUACUUCGCAACCUCGACUUUUCCACUCGGGAUACUUUAAAUGCACGCAAUCUGGAGGAUCCGAGUUACACCAUCUAUAUACCAACUCGUGGUCAUUGUGUCGUCAGGGUACACAAAAGAGGCAUCAAAGGGGAGGAUGAGAGCGAUGUUCAAGAUUCUGAAGGAAUGAAUGAUGAUCGAGAUUCUAUCGCCUUGUUCAUAACACCCUUCAUCAACGGGAUCCGCCAGCAGCCAACGGAUGAGGAUGGCAACCUCCCUCGAAUCGAUGACGCCCCCCAAACACGAAAAGACGGCAACUUCUAUGUCACUGCUGACCAGCGUGUGAGGAAUUCAAACUCAAACAAAGAAACACUCGAAAUCACGUUGGCAUAUACACUGCAGCUGUUCCCUUCUGAGCAGCUAGAGACAUCGACUUCUCCGGUAUCUGAAGCAGACCUUGAAGAAGCAAAGCAGAGAAUCAACACAGAGUCAUUGACUCCGAUAUCGAUCUCUGCCGACAGACAUCUUGAUUUUAUCCUGCAUCGAAAUCUGGAGCACAUCUUGUCAGUUUGCAGCAUCCCCGUCAACAUUGGAUCAGGAGAAACUCCUGCAAUUGCUCUCACCUGUGGAGACGUAUCCGGCCAUCGAGUUACACGCAAAGCAAGCUUCCAUGCUUUUCAGUUCCUCCUGUCAGCAUUUCGAUUUUUCGAUAGCAAGUCUAAAGAACCAUGUUCAGGCAACUCGAAUGGCACUUACGAGGCUUAUUCUACUGGAAUGCGCAACCGCAUCCUCGAUAUAUGCUGGGGCCAUAUGAAUUGGCUCUUCCGUCAAGUGGACGAGAAUGAUGACCUCGUUCCUCACACAUGGGCUAACGGUCAAGCGAUUGCAAACUGGGGAAACCACAAGAGUCUACCCAAUAAGUCUGUGGUUGAUGGCUGUUACCAGAUCAUCAAGAUCAUAGGCUUUUAUCGGACGGCUGCGACAAGGGAAAUGGCGACGCAUCUGAUACAGAGAUUGGGGGGUAUCGUCAGCAACUGGGUCAGAGAUCUCCACCAAUUCAAACAGAAGGAGGAAUUCAUAUUCCCACAUUGCCUCGAAGAUGCACCACAGACGUUUCACCUCUCUGAUCAUGCUAUGAUUUGGUUCACUCUAAGAUUAUUAGAGGAUUUCAAACCGUCCCUGGAAGACCAGAUGUCUUUGCAACAUCUCAACUUACCCGAUUUGCUCAGGCAAGGUUCAGGCCACUACCAAACAACAUAUUCAUCCAGCAAGAUUCAGAGAAGCAUUCUGAAGAACUUUGUCACUCAAAGCAAGCAGUUGAAUGAGACGCUGUUGACUGCGACUUCCCGCAGCAUUUGCGAAACCAGCUUCCUUCUGCAAGACCAAGACACCACGACAAUACAUUGCAUGGCUGAGGGUCUCUUUGAUAAGCCAAGCAGCGGAAGCACAUCAGUCGGCACAUCCGUUGAAGAAUCGGCGUCAGUUGGUGGAUCAAGUGGCAAUUUGGAUGACGGAUACGCGAGCAUAUGGGGUAACAAAGUUGAACCCUGGAAGAGGACCUUGGGUAUUCAGGAGCUUCAAUCCGCCAACAACGAUGAAAGAUGGGUUCAUCCGCUCCGGUUCGCUCUGGCUAUGAUCCUCUCGGAAUACAAUAUACGCAUCAACUCAAGAUCGGCCCCUGACAUGCACGACUAUGCAAAAUCGACUCUAUUGAACAGUUCCUCCCCCAAUGGGCUGAUUCCAGGACAACUGGGCGAGAACAAGAAGCCUGUCUUUCAGGCUGACUGGAUGCGCGAUUCUUAUUGGCAUACCACCUUUGAAGUUCCUUGUAUUCUUUGGAGAUCAAUGGAAUACCUCCUCAAGGGGAAAGGAGCUAAUUCUAGCGAUUCUUCGAACACGCUGCUAAGUGACACACCCGAUGUUUGUUGUCGUCUCGAGGGCGCUAUGAAGAGAAGGGAGCCCCUGAUCCUGAGUAUGGAUCAGCUUCGUACGACACACAAGUGGCUGUACUGCAGGCCAAGCUUUUUUCGGCUCAACAUCAACUUGUCUUCAGAGGCAGUUAUCGGAUUCUGCGAAACCCGCAAACACACUGACGAGAGCAGCAGCGGCUCCGGGUUCAUGGACAGAGCAGUUGAUGCCGCUCAGGAAUGGGGCUGGAAGGAAGUGGAUUUCGGCUACAUCAUCGACAUAGCAAAGAACAAGACAGCAAAAAUUGGCCAGAGGACAUCAACGCUUCAGGUUCAACGGCACGAAGACAUGGGACGCUUUAUCGGAGGAUUUCGCGAUCCAGCAAAGGCAAAAAAGAGGUUCUUCCAUUUUUACGAGGCGGACUUGGGAAUCGCAUUGCAUUGCUACCUUGCUUCAUCAGAGAGGGAGCAAAUGUCCUCCUUUUUCGACCGGCAUGCCUCGUACAGCAAAUACUUCUUCGAAGACAAAGCAACGCUACUCAACAAAUGGGCGACAGAAAUGCAUCUAACGUUCUACACGUACCAGCAUGCUUCCAAUAAGCGCGCGUCUCAUACCAUUCCCUCGCAAGAUCGAAUUGAGUUUCCGAGCUCAGUAAGAAGAGACCAGCCCACCUGGAUCAGUCACGCCGUCAUGAGUUUUCGAUUUGAUGGCGACAUUUUUGAUCGCUACUGGACAUGUCACUUCUUCGAGGCCAAUGGAAACAUACGCCCUGGAUUCAUUGACGAGAUGACGUAUAACGGAACGCUGGGAUCCUCUUGGCAGCAGCGAAGAGUACUGGAGCUACUGCUAUUUGAUACGAUACUGAAUGAAAUGAUCCAGCAUACGAGGAAGAUUUUGAAAGAGGUCAUCAACACCGUUCUGCAAAGCUCUAAUGUCGAGUAUUCAGAGGAGAUUGAUGAGUCAAGUCUGUUGAGGGUCCUUGAGUCGUUCCCCAAAGUCGACAGCAACCUAUUCGCCUCCCUGAAUGAGCUCUGGAACAAGUUUCAGCGCAUUCUUCAGGUCAUAGAGGACGACUUGAGAGAGAAUUUGGCAGUCAUUGAAGUGUGGAUGGAUCGUGAAGAACGAAGAAGAACUUUCAAGCUGCAAUGGGCCACCGCCAAAGAACAGAUCCAUGGAGACGCCGGAUUGGGACUGAAGCUGGCAAACGAUCACAAGAUUCAUGAGUUAAAACGGUGUCUUGCCAACGUAGCAUCCUUCAAUAUCCUGCUGACGAGGAGGCUGGAGGUCAUGCGCAGCGGCUUGGAGAUGCGAAGCAACGUCAACAUUCGACUCUUCACGUAUGUCACAGUCGUCUUUCUCCCCAUCAGCUUCGCCACCAGCGUCUUCAGCAUGAACGGCACACCGCCAAAGGACACGCUGGUUAAGAUGGCCAAAACCGCCGGAGUCGCUCUAGCUAUUACAGCUGUGGCAUUGCUGAACGCAAAAGUACUGGCCGCGACACUGCGAACGGGCGUACGAAAGUUCUAUCAACCUGUCCGCUUCUUUGCUGAGCUGGCUUUCUUGAUACUGCUGUCCCUCAUCUCUUCCAUGCCUCGCGAAUACAUAUAUCUGUUUCACCGGUAUUCAGUUCUACCAGUCAGAAAAGUUGUAUCAGGGCAGCCGAAUAGGAAUUUCUUCCACGAAGGAAUCGAAUCAGAACUGGAACAAAUCAGGGUGAAAAUAUCACAGGUAGAAAAGCAUAGAUACUGGAAGAAGGAAAGAGACAGAAUACUUCAAGGCGAAGAGAAAAGAUCGAAACAGAGCAACAUGAAAGAUGAAAAAGAACGGAAGAGAGACAAAAGAGAUGAGAUGUCUACUUGGGAAAUUCUGGAAAUCAUGGGAAGGGCUUGGCUCAAGCUUGAAAGAAGGGAAGGGAGCCAUGAGGUAGUCUAG